AUGGGAACGCCGUGCACACUGGGAGCUGAUCUUUGGUCGUCUCCAUUUCGCUUUGGCGCGCGAGCUGGUAACCAGGCAGCCGGGGUGGAAGGCGAAACGGUGACGGAGCGGGUGCUCAGGCCUGGCAGUUUCAAACGGCGUGGGUGCCUGGUAGAUGUAAUGGCGGCACCGUACAGAUGCGUGGAGUGCAACGAGGAAGCGCUGGAACUACACAGGGACUACAGCCACGGCAUCAUCAAGAUCACCAUUUGUAAAUCAUGCCAGAAACCAGUUGACAAAUAUGUAGAAUAUGAUCCCGUGAUCAUUCUUAUUGAUGCGAUCUUAUGUAAAGUUCAAGCUUAUAGGCACAUAAUCCUCAAUGCCAACAUUAAUAUUCAUUGGAAGCUCUGUAUUUUCUGUUUGUUAUGUGAAGCAUAUCUCAGAUGGUCACAUCUACAGGAUUCACAGCAAACAGUUGAUCCUACUGAUAUAAUUCGUUACGCCAAAGAGUGGGACUUUUACCUAAUGUUUGGAUUAGCUAGUCUGGAGCUAACAGCAUUCCUAAGCGGGGUAUUUUUCUUCUUGUGGUUAACAAAACAGGAUUUCAUUCAGAAAAAAUCAAACCUCAACAUGCUGCUAAUAGCCUUAUUAUUAUCUGGUUACGGGAAACUCCUUGUGAUUCCAGUUGUCAUCUGGGAACAUGACGACUCGCCUCUGUACAUUAACCUCAUCAAGUUCUUUGUUCUUGCAUCAAACGCACAAGCUGUCAGAGUUGUGCUGAACAGCAGCAGAAAGUUUGCAUUGUCUGUCAUUUCUGUUGGGUGGAUGGUGGAACGAUUUACAGCCUACAUUUUUCAACAUCUCAAAUGGAGUACAUAGAAGACACCAAAUUCCAGGCUGGAAUGCAAAAAAUGACUGGCUUGAAGGCCCUGUUCUAUCUGAGAAAACCUUUACAAUUUUUACUGACACAUAUUGAACAAUGAAUAGUGGUUGGCAACAGAUGUAAAAGGCAGAAGGAAAGAAUAUGAAAAAAAGUCGAAAAGACAAUUUCCAAUUAACUCCAAUUAUCCAUCCAACUUGGCUGCUCUUAAUUGGAAAAUCACAUUCAGUAACUUGCUGUGUUAUUUUGUCCUGCAUCAUAGAGAGGAAUUAUAACCAUUUGUGAUUUUUAUAAGAUAAAAGACAGUUUGCACUAAAAAAUACACCAGUUUUCCAAUCUAUAAUUUGACCUCUGCCAAUAAAAACGUUUACAUU